GCCUAUUUAAGGCACGUGUGCUACAGCGACCAAUAGGACGAAGGCAGCGAAUUUAAAAAGGAGCCGCGGUCGCUACGAGUCAACUUUUUGGACCAUAACAAGCUUCUGGUACGAGAGCAAAAGGAUCAUUCAACGGCGUUUAGUACGCAUGACCGAGAUACAAUGGCAAGCAUAAACUUUGCAGAGCGAGAAAAUGCAUGUCUUCAUCCAGCUACUCUGAAGAUGCGACAGCGGCUUCAGUCUGCUCCAGAGAAACUCUUUUCUCCUAUGACUGGCAAAACCUUACACACUCCUCUGCCAUCUGGUCGUAAGGCUUUUGGUGCGGUCAACAAAAGAAUUGCAACCCCUGCCAUCAACCCACAAGAGAAGAAACUCUUAAAGCCACAGGAAACUAAAGUCAAACAUGCUUCAGACCAAAAGACUAAAGUGGAGGACUAUUCAGAAAUUGAGCCGUUCAUCCCUUAUGACCCACUAGAGUUUGAGAAGUACAGCAUACCUGAGGACUUGGUUCUCCUCGGUGGCGUUGCUCUGCCUGGACUGGCCUCUUUCCCACAAGCUCCUCUGUGUGAGGAGGACCUGGACAAGUUUGAUCCACUGCCAAAUCUUUCGCCUGUAAAGAUGCCAAAACGUUCAGAUUAUUGCUCAGCGCUGGACGCCUUUUUGCAAACACUUGAUGAGCUGACUGUUGAACUUCCUUCAGAAUCUUUUACUGACUAAAUGUUGAUGCAUGGUUUUUUUUUUGGUUUUUUUUACUGAAAUAAAGUUUGUAUUUGUCCCUGUUA